CCUCCAUUCUUCCUUACUCCUGCGUUGGGUUCAUGACCCCCUGGGAAUCGUGUCAAGACGAGACCAGCAGGUCGUGGGAGGCCAUACUAGAAGAAUCCCUCAAUGAGUUCUCCAUGAACCUUUAUGCCUACCUCAGCCAAUCACAGCCCAUGAAAAACCUGCUCUUCUCUCCAAUCAGUAUCAGCGUGGUGUUAACCCACCUGUUACUAGGUAAGAGAGGGAAGCUCAGCCCAGCGGAGCGUAACUAUGAUGUGGGGGACCGGGAGUUGCUAGUGGUGGUUAGGGCUCUGAAGGUGUGGAGACACUGGCUUAAGGGGGCUAAGCAACCCUUUCUCAUCUGGACCGACCACCAGAAUCUGGAACCGAGCUCCCAGAACGUAAAGGCUGACGCACUGUCCCGUCUUUACGACACGGAGGAGGGGUCCACCGAACCUGCUCCCAUCCUUCCCGCCUCUAAACUGGUAGCACCAGUGGUAUGGGAGGUGGACUUGGACAUCGAGCGGGCGUUACGGGUGGAACCCGCGCCUCCUCAGUGUCCGGAAGGGGCCCUGACCUACGGUUAUCACCCCGAGAGUAAUGGGCAGGUGGAGAGAGUGAACCAGGAGACCGAGGCUCCUGUGGUGGAGGAAUGGGUACAGCGCCCCAAGGAGACCUGGAGGGCCGUCCAGGAAUCUCUACAACAAGAGAGUGGACGGCAGAAGAGGAGUGCUGACCGCCACCGCAGUGAGGCCCCCGUGUUUGUACCGGGGGACAGGUUUCCAUUUGUGAAACUGAAUGGUGAUACUGUGUUGGUGCCUGUCCUCUACAGUACCAAAUACAAAUUGGCUAUGCAAUUACGUUUGUCGGAGCUGUUCGACAGUGCCAACCUGUGUGGCCUCUACCCCGACAACAAAUUUCUCCUGAUGGAUGACCGCCACCGGGCCUUCCUCUCCCUGACGGAGCAAGGUGUGGAGGCUGGUGCGGCCACUUCCCUCUCUUUCUCCCGCUCCUUCUCUUCCUUCUCAGACUUCAGGCCCUUCCUGAUGAUACUGUGGAGCGACCAGGCCAAGGCCCCACUGUUCGUGGGCCGAGUGACCGAGCCGUGAGAGAAGGAGGAAGCGAGAGGGAGUGAGAGAUAGUAUGCAUAUAGAAAAACACAUGUUUGCAAAGGAAAGGACAUUUGCAAUA